AUGGCAAAUGGAAUGUCUCAAUGGCAAAUGCCAAAGUUCACCAAAGAUAAUUAUGAGAAUUGGUGUAUUCGUAUGAAGGCGAUCCUUGGAGCAAAUGAUGUGUGGGAAAUUGUGGAGAAAGGAUUGGAGGUGCCCGAAGAUGAAGCAAAUUUGAAUCAAGUUCAAAAAGAUCUACUUCAAGCCCAAAGAAAGAAGGAUCAAAAGGCGAUUAUGAUCAUUCAUCAAUGUUUGGAUGAUUCUAUGUUACAAAAAGUGGCUUCCGCAACAACGUCAAAGAAAGUUUGGGAUACUCUCAAAUCUUCUUUUAGUGGCGAUGCUAAAGUAAAAAGAGUUCGGCUACAAACACUACGUGGCGAGUUUAAGGCUUUGCAUAUGAAGGAAUCCGAAUCAAUCUCGGAUUAUUUUUCAAGGGUCCUGACCGUUAUCAAUCAAAUGAAAAGCAAUGGAGAAGAGGUUACUGAUGUUCGUGUUAUUGAAAAAGUUCUUCGUUCACUUGUCUCUAAAUUUGAUUACAAAGUUGUGGCAAUUGAGGAGGCUAAAGAUAUAGAUGAAAUGACUAUUGAUGAGCUUAUGGGAUCAUUACAAGCCCAUGAAGAAAAAAUGUUAAAGGAGCCAAUUGAACAAGCCUUACAAUCAAAAUUAUCUUUUAAAGAUAAUGAUGGAAGGUAUACGAGGAGCCAAAGAGGUCGUGGAAGAGGAUUUCUAUAUGGACAUGGAAGAGGUCGUGGCCAACAAAGGGAGGAAAAUCAAAAGCACGAAAGAUUGUACGAGACAAGAAAUUUAAGAGGCCGUGGAAGAGGAAGAGUCACACCAAGGUAUGGCAAGUCAAAUGUUAAAUGCUACAAUUGUCAAAAUUUUGGUCAUUAUGCUUCCGAAUGUCGCGCUUCAAAAAAUCAAGUGGAGGAGAAAGCUAAUUUUGCUGAAGAUAAAAGCAAUAUUGAUGAGCCCACUUUGCUUCUAGCGCAUAAAGGAGAAGUAAAUUGUGAAGAUAAUUUGUGGUAUCUUGAUAGCAGCGCAAGUUAUCAUAUGUGUGGCAAUAAAAAUUUGUUUGUGGAUCUUGAUGAGAAAGUGAAUGGAAAAGUCACUUUUGGAGACUCUUCGGGAGUGCCCAUCAAAGGCAAAGGUAACAUACUAAUUCGCUUGAAAAAUGGAGAUCAUAAUUUUAUUUCAAGUGUUUAUUAUGUGCCUAGCAUGAAAAAUAAUAUCUUGAGUUUGGGCCAACUAAUGGAGAAAGGCUAA